AUGUCAAGUUCAGAGCAGCCAAAACAUGAGAAUUGGGGUAAUUACAGUGACCAUAAGCUAAUUAAAGUAUUCGAAUACCCAGAUCAAGCAUCAAAAAUCAUAUAUGACGUCAAUUCCAAUAAUAUUAUACAAAUAUCUUCACAAAUUAUCGAAUUAAUAACAACUCACAAAAUGUCUAUCCAAAUAACGCUUUAUCUGAUUGAUAUUAUUUCACAAAUUCGUGUUAAAAAAAUUAAAUUAUUUUCAGAACUUUAUCAAAAGAUAUCAAACGCAUUUUCAUGCAUAUAUGAACCGAAAAAUAAGAGAUUAACGACGCUGCUACAUUAUCAAGGUUUCAAAUUCCAAAACUUCGAACCCAAAAUGAAAGAAGAAGAAAUUCUGAAUUUAUAUUCAACAGAAUCUCCUUUAUACUAUAUUGCAUGGGAUAAAGUUAAUGAUCUUAAGAUUAAAUUCCCAAAUCUAGAUAUUAAUCAGAAGAUUAAUGAUAUCACACCACUUGACUGUGCAAUUAAAUAUGGAUCAGAAUUAUGUUUCAUUUACUUGAAAAAUUUAGGAGCUCAAUACACUGAUUACUCCGAAAGAUAUGCUGUUCAAGGUGGAAAUGAAAACAUUUUUAUGCAAAUGAUAGAAGAUGGUAAAUCAUUUAAAAAAAUGAUUAAUUUAGCACUGGAUUAUCGAAACUAUGAAAUUGCAGAGUAUCUUAAAUCAAAUUUUGGACAAACUCCUGAUUCAAUAGCAGAAAGUAUGCAUUUCGGAAAUUACGAUAUUGCAUCUUAUUUACUUUCUAAUGGAGAAGAUAUCAAUAAAAUUUAUCAUCUCUUUCUUUUCAUAUUUAUAAUUUUUUUAUUACAUUCUCUUUCUUUUCAUAUUUAUCAUUGUUUUAUAUAA